AGGAAGAAAGAGCUGCAGCGCUAGCAGCUCCAGGUGGAGACAUGUCCCACUAAUGUGUCCCCCAAGCAGCCGAUACCCGCCGCUGUGUUAGGAGGACCACCACAUCCGACAGCUCUAUCAUCCCAUAUACUCGUCUUUGCCACAAAGGCGGACUGAAACGAAGCAGAUGAAAGGUGGAGGAGGUGGAACUUGACCCAACCAACUGAGUCACCAUUUUCCUGCAGAUAAUGGGUUUAAUGGCUCUACUGUGUGCAUGAUUUGUUUCGCGUGGCCUGAUGGGAGGACAUUGUGGAUAGUACUUUCUUCAGGAUACCAAGAGAGUCAUCCCAUGCCCCCAUUUUGGAGGGCUUAUCAGAAUGAAGAAAAUAAGCCUUAAGACCAUCCGCAAGUCCCUAAAUAUAAAGGGCAAAGAGGACGGCGACUUUGUCAUGCUCCAGCAGCCUCCCGUGACUACAGAGUUUUCUAAGGAGGAAUCGCUUUUUGGAGGCUGCUAUACCAAAGAGCUGUCAAGCUGUGAUCUUGGUGGUGAAGAGGAGAAGGGAGGCCAGAAUAAGAGCCGCUCAAAGAAUGAGGGCCUGAUGGGAUCUUUGAAGAGGAGGCUGUCAGCCAAGCAGAAGGUGAAAGUAAAAGGCGGAUCCUCGGCUAUAUGUUCAGCGGAUGAUGAUGACACUUUCUCAUCCUCAUCUGUGCCCAUAAGCUGCAAUGAAGUGAAAGCACAGAGACCCCUCAGAUCUGCAUCGUUGUGGAGUCAGCAUUAUAGUCCCUCGCCAUGGCCGUUGCGGUCAGUCAAUUCGGAGGAGGCGUGUAUCAAGAUGGAGGUUAAGGUUAAAGCCAUGGUUCACUCUCCUUGCCCAAGUCCAAGCUUGAAUGGUGUUCGGAAAGAAUAUAAAAAUUUCCAGAUGGAAGGACUCUUUCAGGAUCAAGCCGAGUCCUUAAAGAAUAUCCAGCAACCACAAAAUGGUGAGCUGCAUCUAAAUAUUGAUGAACAUGAUGUGCCUGUGGUGCUGGGGUUAACACCCCAGGACUAUAUCCAGUACACAAUGCCUUUAGAUGAGGGAAUGUACCCGGAAGGGUCCCACUCCUUCUGCUUAGAUACCUCUACACCCAUGGAGGUAGGGACGGAGGCGGACAGUGGGUCCCUCCACGCAGACCAAGGACAGGAAGAACAUGAUUUGGUCAGUGGGAUGCCUCCGGAUCUUUUCAUGGACGCCUCAGUUAAUAGUAUUCUUCUUGGUUCUUCUGGUAUGAUGCUCCAAAGUUCUAGAGCAGAAGUCCCGCCCCCCCUUUCCCCACUCUUGCCACCGAUGGCAAGUAAUGGACAUAUACCUAGGACUUUUUCAGGCUUCAGUUCCUCAGACAGCCAGGUAGCUGAAAGAGUAAGACACCACCUCAACUUUGACCCAAAUUCAGCUCCCGGGGUCAGUAGGGUGUACGAUUCGGUUCAGAGCAGCGGGCCCAUGGUCGUGACCAGUCUGACGGAGGAGCUUAAGAAGCUCGCCAGGCAGGGCUGGUACUGGGGUCCAAUUACAAGAUGGGAGGCGGAGGAAAAGUUGGUCAACUUGGCCGAUGGUUCGUUCCUGGUCAGAGAUAGUUCAGAUGACAGGUACCUGCUCAGUCUGAGUUUCAGGUCGCAGAGCAAAACGCUCCACACCCGCAUUGAACACUCCAAUGGACGCUUCAGCUUCUAUGAGCAACCCGAUGUGGAGGGACACACAUCAAUCGUUGAUCUAAUUGAACACUCUAUCAAAGACUCUGAGAAUGGAGCCUUUUGUUAUUCCAGGUCUCGCCUACCAGGAUCUGCAACUUACCCUGUCAGACUAACCAACCCAGUGUCUCGGUUUAUGCAAGUGCGCUCCCUGCAGUACCUUUGCCGCUUUGUCAUUAGGCAAUACACACGAAUAGACCUGAUUCAAAAACUGCCCUUACCCAACAAAAUGAAAGAUUAUCUGCAGGAGAAGCACUACUGAGGACACAGCAACAGGACAGUGGUAGCAAUUUGCACUUUUCUGUUCAGUUAAGAGAUUUUAACAAGGUUUACAGACGACCACGGUUUUGAGAUGAUCAGUUCCUGUAUCUCUUGAUUUGUGUCUAGAUGACCCUGUCACUUUUGGUCCUCCAUUCCACUGUUCUGUGUGUGUUUUGCUGGAUUUCAGAAGGCUCUACUUCCUUAAAUAUAGGCCAGCAAAUAAUCUAUUGCAAAAAUAUAGCAGAGGUGCACAGCUAAGUAAACUUAGUUGAAUUCAUCAAGUGCAGACAUUAGGCUCUGGCCGUGUAUUGUUUUGUACACUAUCCAGCUGCGCUAGUAAGACAGGUUUUAAAGUUUGAUCAGUUGGAGAAACGAAAUUCCACAAGUCUAGUUAUUUUUAUCUUCGGUGUGCAUUUCAGACAUGAAUUCAACAUGUAAAGCUAUUGCAACAUCUGAUUUUAAGGUUUCUGCUGACUGGACAAUUUUGAACAUCAUUUGCAAAUCAGUUUACGAGUGUUGCCAUCUUUCUCAGAGCGAUCAGACAGGAUAUUCUGUAUUCAUAAACUGCAGUUAAAAUACAGGCAAGGCUUUAUAUUUGGGAUUAUAGCUUACUUGCACCGUCCUUAUUGUCCUCAUAUGACAUGUCUAUUCACUUAUUCUUUAGUACUGGUAUGGUACUGGCUAGUUUGAAUGUCAUGUUCGAUACUUGUAGCUGUACUGGUGCUUAAAAAGAUGGAUAUCUAUUAGUCAAGUUCUUAGACUAACCAAAGCACCAUCUCGUGUUUUAGAGCCAAGGAGUAACAAUAUUGGUAAAACUGUACAUCAAAAGAUGUCCAAAAUUUGCUGGUCUCUCAACGACUUGACAAAUAUUUCAGAGAAGUAGCUUUAAAUCGUAUGCCUGCAUUUAGUCAUUAUGCAUUGUUCAAGCCUAAAGGUACUGAAAAUGCUGGAUUUUAGUGUCCUCCUAUUUCUAGAAAUGGCACUAACAUGAUGUAUAAACCUUUUCAAAAUGUGUUAACGUUGAAGUUGAAACUUUCUGUAUUAGGAAUGUCAGCAAAUCUGCACCUCAGCUCAGGCCUAACAAUGUCUUCACUAUCUGUAAUGCUUAUAUCUCCAUGUAGUAAAAGGCUUUUAAGACUGUAAUUAAAAGCCGCUGUUGUUACUCUGAAUGAGAGGAUGUCACGGUUGAAAAGGGGGAGAGAGUUUGGCUGUGGUGUUAGAACGCAACUCUGAGUAAAAGCUGGUUUAAUGCGCAGCUGCAUUUACCUUUUGGCAGUCUGUAUGUAGAGAAAAUUGCCCUGAGUUACUCUAUAACUUUAGAGCGUAUCUUUUGAGUUGGUUGAAUCUGUAUGUAGAGAUGGGCUGCGACUCGAUGCCAGAAAUGAGCUGGACCCAGAUCAAAGAAAUUGAAAGAUGGUGUGAGCUUAUAGGUAAACAGAUUUGGGAAACCCUCGGUCAAGGAGUCAUCUCCAGUUUUUGAAUGAUGUCAAGGUCACAGAAUACGACAAGUUAAAUCAUAGCUGCAUGACAUAUUUAGUGUAAUAUUGGUUCUGGAAACAUUCUUUAUUUAACAAAGCAUUCAGUUUAGGUUUUUUUGUUUGGUUUUUGCCAUUGCUUUUCCUCAUUGUUCUCGGUCUCCAUAGAGCUGCACUACCCUAUGUAAUAUCUCUCUACUGGGCCGUCAGGGCCGAAGUAAAGGGAACAGCACACAGUAUGCAAGUGCUUUAUAUGGAUACUUGACAGGGAAUUGUGUUUUCACAUGAAUGAGUAUCCUUUUCGAUAUCAGUGUCCUUAAAAGUAUUUGGGAAACGGUCUUGGGCCACUUGGAUAGGUUGUUGGAACGUAGUUGUAGAUUUUAGCUGAAAACAGUGUCUGGGGUUUCCUUGAAUCUAGCACAGCAGGAUUAGAUAGGAACUUGGAGAGGUGUUGCAUGAUUAAAGACUUAGCAUUUUUAAAGCUUUUGAGUUGUAUAGGAAUGAAGGAUUUAAAUCGCGCAUUUGGCUGUGUAGAGAAAUGUUUUUAUGUGAACAUGGGCUGGACAUUCUAUCUACAAAAAAUGUAAUUUUUUUUUUUCUUUUUUAGAAUUCUCGAGUGAUGUAUUUUUUGUUUUGUGAUAUUUGCCAUCUGGGGGAUGGGGCUGUACAAAAGGAAUGUACGCUUGUUUGAGGUAUCCAUUUUAUCCGCCUGCAGAUCCGUCAGAGAGCAUGGGAGACAAAAAACUACAUGGACACAAUAUUUGCACUUGAACAUUUUUGACAUGCUUGGAUCCUCUUUCCUUCUAAGAGUUGGCCUUCAGAUGGUGGUUUAUUUAAAAAAAAAAGAAAGAAAAGAAAAAGAAGUCAUAUGUUUGUCCUUAUGUAUUCAUAUAACUGUAAAAUGAGAUCAAGGUGGUUUAGUUUUUGUCAUAUCUGGGAGUUAAAGGGCAAGGCAGACAAACUUCAUUUCAAAGCCUCUGCUAAUUCUAAUUAGCUGUCAAGACAUGGGAUCACGGCAAGAAUGUGGAUGUACAUUUAAUUUUACCCUUCUUUUUGUGCGUGGAUGUGUAUCAGUUGAAAUGUGAACGUAAACGUAGUGUUUAUAAUACAGUGUUCUUUUUUUUUUAUUGUGUUUCCAUUUUGAUUUGAAGGUUUUCAUCAGAUUUUUUGACAUGCAGAAGCCUGUUUUACAUGGUGUGGCGCUGUAAGUUUUCUGAAUAUCUGUUCUUUAUUCAGCAUUAUUGCCUUCGAUGGUCGAAUCCAGAGGUUGAUGCUUGUUCACACUGCUGAAGCUAUUUGAAUUAACAGCUGUUAAGCACUUAACAAGCUUCAACUUUUAAACAUUUUUGUUCUUUUUUUUUUUUUUUUUAAUGUUUUCAUCUGGGUGAGUAAAGGUAAAUGUUUACAACACUGUUUGGACAUACCCCUCUCUCACAAACACUUUGGUACAAUUUUAAAAUGAUUUGUUAUGUGUUUUACACAUUUGUGCUGCUUAUGGAUAUGAUUGCCUUUCCUGUGUUUAACUAUGGGGAAAUAGAAUGUCACCAAUGUAGAUAAAUGUACACAUAAUGACUUUGGUUAUCAUCUUGGGAGAGCAAAGAAGAUUUGCAAUUUUGUUAAUGACUGUAGUCGGUUAAAAGAGAAUUAGUAGCGAUUAGUAGAAACUCUGUAGAAUUACCAGUUCACUCCAGUUUACAUUGGUUGUCAACUUUCCAAAGUAGAUGGUCUUUUUGUAUUUUCUUUUUGGAAAAAAAAUAUCAAGUGAUUUAUUGCACAUUUUGGAUACAGUUCAAGAGUUUUUUUUGUAACUUCCAAUUAUAAAUUAUAAAUAAAACUA